AUGUCUUUUGCGCUAAAGUCUCCUUCAAAGCAAAACGGCCGAGGCAGUAAAGACCAUGCGGACAGUGACCUUCUUUUGGGAAGACAGCGCUUUUCGUCGUCUGGUAGUCCAGAAAUACAGUUUCGUCCAGAGUUUGCCUACGAAACCUAUGAGUUGAAUGCUUCGUUUUCAGCCUCUUCGCCGAUCUCUCCGUCAAAAACCAACGGAAAUUUCUUCAGUGUCCAUCAAGCUAUCCGAGCGAACAAGAUGGAGAGUGUGCGGCGUUACUCUGAAACGGGGCACGAUAUGGAUGUUGUUGAUGGUGCUGGGUUUACGGCGCUGCAUUAUGCCUCUAGCGCUAACAACACUGAAGCGAUGUCCCUGUUGCUGGAUUGCCGCGCGAACGUCAACUAUAAGGGUCAACAGCUUCUCACGCCGUUACACAUGGCUGUUCGGUGAGUUAUUUCUGCUUGUCCCGCAGUUCUGAAGUCUUUUUCUCAAAAGAUGUACAGUCUCCUUCCAAAUUCUAGAACGGCGGAGCAAAUCGAUUUCUAACCGAUUUUGGCAUCUUCCUGUUAAACAAGGCGGAGCUUUUACAAAGCUAACUCUCUAAUUGUAUAUACGUACUCCCGUUUUAAUUACUUUUGACCAAAUUGCACAGCGAUAAUUUAUAUUAACAUGGUAAGCAGCGAUACUUGCCCGGCUGACUUGGGAAAUUCAUCGACUUUCUACUUCUCAGAGUUUUAAAGCUAGAAAAAGGACCCCUCCGUAACAGACUCAGUCCAGUGAUAUAAUUCAGCCUCCCCGAUACCUGGCGAAUGGUUUGUUUCUACCUGGUUACUUCUUUUUUCCCGGUCACUUCUUUUAUGGUUUCUACAAAACCAGCAUAUUUUGUUAUCCGCAUUCAGUUGCUUAUAAUCAAAAAAUAAACAUAAAACAUUAUUACCAUUGACAGAAAAAUUGGAGGGUACAGAUAAUUGAUCUUGCAUUUGAUUUUAAAAGUGUAAAACGUUUAGCUCUUCUCACUGUAGCAAUAUGUAAAAGGUUAAAGGUUUCAUGGCGAAAAGUUUUAAGUUCUGUAACCGCUUUAAGCUUGUAUGGAAGUUACACAACUACAAAAAGACCCUGUGGGAAAUAAGCCAACGGCGGUAACGUUUCCUCCAAAAACCUGGUGACAUGAAGAUAUAGACUCUACUGCGUCUGUUACAGAGGGUGUAAAUAAGUAAUUGCUUUAUAUUUCAGUAUACUAAAAGAGUGCUUCAAAUUAGUUUGAAAACGUUUUGUUUUUCGCCAUGACAGAACACUGUCCCGUUUAUUGCGUAGUCAGUUAAUAUGCUAAAUAGUAAAUUUCCUUUUGACGUCAUCUUUUCUUUUCAAACAAACAGGCAAAUUAAUAUCUAAAACUGAACUAAAUUCAUAGAAAGACCUAAGGGAAAACCAAAAUAAUUAUAAGAUUUACGGACUGUCAGUCUAGCUUAUCAGGGAGUUUAAGCUACCACGACGGCGACGGCCACUAAAACGUCAGUAAAAAAGUGAAUUUUCGGAAGAAGGAAAGAGGAGAGGAAAAAAGCUAUUGAGGAACUGAGGAAGUCCCAACUAGUAAAAUUUAAAAUUUAGAUAUGAAUACGAAAUAGUAAUAAUUGGACAGCACACAACAACUACUGCACCGUAAUUUUUAGGGAGUUAUUAUAACUCCAAAAAUGGAGUAAAAAUUUUAGGUACAGGAUAACCCCUUUUCUGGGGUUAUUUUAACUCCUAAUUUAACUCCGAAUUUGGGAUCAUUUUUACUCCUGAAAAAGAGUUCUUUUUACUCCCAGUCUUGGAGUUAAAAUUACUCCGAAAUGGGGUUACUUGUACUCCUUACAGGGGUUGUUUUUACUCUUUUUGGAGUUAAUUUAACUCUGAAAGUGGAGUAAAAAUUUUAGGUACAGGAUAACUCCUUUUUUGGGGUUAUUUUAACUCCUCAAUAUCUGGGGUCACUUUUACUCCUGAAAAAGAGUUCUUUAAACUCCUUUUUGGAGUUAAAAUAACUCCACGAAAAAUAACUCCACUGUAAGGAGUUAAAUUAGCCCCACUAGAGGAGUUAUUAUAACUCCCUGAAAAUUACAGUGUGAAUAAUACUUAAACUAACAUUAUAUUAUAGAGUUGUUUUACUUGAACCGUUAAACAGAUGCUAACAAUUAUGUAGUGCAAAUAGCGAGAGGUACAAAAAGAAGACAAUAGAAAUAGUGCAUAAUAGUGUGUUAAGUAUUCUACUACCUAUUUCACGGUUCAAGUAAAAUCACUCUAAACUACAGAAGAAAAUAUAUAAGACUUGAGCGGUGACAGAAUUUAACAAAAGACUAAUUUACUAGAUAAUCUGGAAAACAUAUCAACUAAAAGGUCCAUUGUACCGACCUGAAUUUGCCCAUCAAACUUAACACAAUAGUUCUUUUGUUCCAGGAUUUUUUAAAAAUCUCCGCUCUGCAGCACGUCUUUUAUGCGUUUUCGGUGACCGUUAUCACCGGCCUUACGUGUGGACGGUGGGCUAAACCAAGUCCUUGGGAGAUAACUAUAUUGUUUUCCAACUGCAUUUCUUGACGAAAUCAAGUGCGACGUCACAUAGUAACGGGCGAGAGCUUCUGGUCCCCCGUGCAAGGACUACAGUUAUUCGAACGAGAGAGGUCGGGGAAAAGAUGAAAAAAGCUAGGUAAAUAUUGCUAUACAUCGCUAAUUUCAUUUAAGUGUCAGGUUUUGGUCUUUUCUUUCCAGCUAUAACAGUUUCGAGGCUGUCAAAACGCUUAUAGAAUACAAUGCUGACCCCUCUAUUGAAAACACCGACGGCGCAACACCACUUCACUUCGCAGCACGGCGAGGCUGUGUACCAAGCUCCAGGGUUCUGCUGAGUAAUAAGUUAUCGUCCGUUAACUGUCCAGAUAACAGUGGAAUGACACCUUUCCAUCUCGCCUGUGUCAGCGGUAGUCUUAAGCUUUGUGAGAUGUUUUUGGAACAAGAAGCAAAUAUAUGCGCGCGCACAUUAGAAGAAAAGAGCCCCCUACACCUGGCUGCUUUGCAUGGAAAUGAAAAGAUCGUCGAGCUUUUGAUAAGUCAAGGUUAGUUACUGCAGGUAUUUUCAUAUUUUUUUUACUUUUAAAUAUAGUUCGUUGACUGGAAAGGUGGAUUUGGCCAGGAGCCUAUAAGAACGAAUUGGGUUAAGACAGUCAGCCACACUUAACUGAGACGUGGAGGAGCGCGCACCGACUUUGUCUCCCGAGUGUCGAGCGCAGACUAAUAAGUCAAUUAUUCGCUGUGGAGAGUCUUCCACCAAGUACCAGGGAAAGUCAAGAGAUAACGCAGCCUUUGACUAAAAGCUAUUCUCAGUUUAGAUGACUGAGAGGUGGCGUGAGAUCGUUCGCAAGUUCUCGGAAGGGGACAUAAAAAAACUCAAACCGCUGUUGGAAGCCUUGCCAUGGGCCUUGUCCAGGAGGGAAAAAAUGCGCCGACGACGUAAAACAUCAAAAAGACCAAUCAGACAAAAAAAAUUUUCAAAUUUACCAGUUUUCAUCGUCAUUUUGCCAAUGAAUUUACCUCAGUUUCAUCAAUAUCUGUAAAUCAGUACUACUGAAUUGAAGGAUUAAUUUAAAUCUGUGCCGACAAAGCCAGGGUUUUAUUCUGCAUUGACAGUGAUUUCAAAAGAAAUUCUAGCUUUCGUAAUGAUAUCAAGGAUGUAAAAUCGUGUUUUAACCUUAUUCAAACUGACAUUUUUUGGAUUCUUGCUCUCUAUAACUUGAAAACAGCUCAUCCUACGGCCACCAGAAUUACACACGAUCAGUAAUGUACUCAUCCAAAUUCUGGGUAUAACUUGACUGACAAUAUGACGUAAUCUGACGUCAUUAUGACGUCAUGUUGUUGAAUUUAUUAGCAAAAUCCAAAUUUCCCUCAAAGUGGACAAAGAGCGAAAAAAGCGUAAAUAGUAAGGUCUCUGAUAAAAUAAAGAAAGUUCGCUAACACAUAAAUGAUCUUUAACAGUGGCAGAGAUGUCAUGAUGACGUCAUUUAUUACUAAAAAAGGAACUGGAAUCAUCCGUCAUCUUGAAUCUUGGAUCUUGGAUUAAAUGUGUUCCUUUUUACUUAAAACUCGUAUACAUGGAGGUAUUUUUAACAGGAGUCUUAAUCUGAAUAUAAAAGGAUGCCUAGGAAGCACUGUUGAAAAUUUGACUCGGCACAAGAGAUCAUUCUCUCUUUCUCAGCAUCUGCCAUUUGGUCAUAAUAAACUCAUAUUUUUUUCUCAAACUAGUCACUAAGAAGCCUGGAUGUCAUGAACAGUUAUAAUAACUUUGAUAAAAGAAUGCUAAAUUAAGUGUAAUAUAAUAAUUCAAUCAGUAAAAAUAAAAAUAAAACCUAUACUUUGGAGAAAAUGCAAAUUUGGAAAAACAUGGCUGUCAACGGUUGCCAUGGUAACAUCAAUGUUGAUGCGUCACGACGGCUUCAAAAUGUCCCCAGAUAAAUUUUAGGAAAAGUCGCCAAGUUUGGCGGUCCUACCUUCAACGGUUUUGAAGUUAUUCAAUUUUUUAGCGAGGGGGGGAGGGGGUGGCCUCAAAAGCCCCCUGGUCUGAAUAGGGUUGAAGUUGAUAUUAUUGCACAUGAUUACUAAUGUGGUCUAGUAGCAAACUCAAGUUACAUUAAUUUAUGAGUAUUUUAUUCUUGUUUUCCUAGCUAAUGAUAUAUUUGGAAUCCCACACCGGUACAUCAACAAGCCCGACUUUGAAGGAAAUACUCCUCUACACUUGGCCUGUCAAAAAGGUCACGUGGAAACGGCAAAAUGUUUGUUAGGUUUUGGAGCUGACGUAAUGGAUGGGGAAAAUCAGUGGGAUAUUCACUCACCCUUGCACCUUGCUGCUACUAAUGGUCACAUGACUGUGGUAGAAUUGCUGGUUACCCAUAAUGCACCAGUGGACUGCAGAGACGAAUUUCAGAGAACUCCUCUUCAUAGGUGAUGGAUGUUUUUAGUGUUGUUAUAUCAUCAGUUCAGUGCUCUAAUGAACGAGCUUGCGAACUCUGUUUUUGUUAUUAUUUUUUAAGAUUUUACUAGAAAUUGCUUUUUUAUGCACCCUCUCGUGCAAAAACAUGCUAGAGUAGUACAGUAUUGCGGUUUAAAGUUCUGAAGGUUUUUCGUAAGGGUAGUACUGAGUUUUUAAUAGCUUAGUUGGUCGAGCUUUGGAGUGCUGAGCGGGAAGUCGUGAGAUCGAUCUUCGAGAUCGGAAUACUCAAGCUGGAUCCUGUAAUGGUCUUAAACUUCACACGACUCGGAUAACUUUGGAAAAAAAGUGGUCCCGUCUCCAAAAAUGCACGUAUAAAACCAGCAAUUUUUUUUAUUGCUUAAAAGCACUUGAUUCAUUGGCUGUCAGUACUGGAGUUUUUUCUAAGCAACCAGCCUAAAGGAGUGAAAGAAAAUCUACACUACGACCUCCGUUUACCGAGACUUGAAAAUUGUUUACACCUUGCACAACUUAUGACCGUGUUAAUGUUCCUGGAAAGAUUGGUUAAAGUAAUGUUUAUAUUUGCUGAGAUAAGUUUGUCAUAACCUAAGAAUUUGUCCUUAGAUUUAUGACAUUACCAUGGCAACAGGUGGGCCUAGUCCCAUGCACGCCACAUCAUUUUUGUCAACUCAUUCGAUUCUAUUAUCUCGCCAAGUUUUUUGCUGUUUGAUAAAAUCUUUAAGAAAAUAUCCCACUAUUUUAUUUUAGAUUAGGGUUAACUACCUCCUUAACGUGACAAAGACUGCAAAAAGAUUGGAACAGUUAUGUGAAGGUGCUUCAUAGUCAAAGUAUGGUGCUGUUGUUGAUAAUACACCCAUGCAACCUCCUCCCCAGGGCUUUUUCCACUUUCAAAUACGAGAGUAAUUACACACUCAGUUAAUUAAUUACAGGUAUAAGAAAUCGGAAAAAAAACUUUCCUACCGCUAAUAGCAUAAAAGGCUAAUCGAGGCGGGGGAAAGAUGAAGACAAACUUAAGGUAAGGGAAGGAGAUUGCUGCCUGGGAUGGUGAGGAAUAUUAAACUUAACAUGUUAUCUUAUUAUUUGGUAGGGCUGCUGAGUUUGACCGUGACGAUGUUGUGAAGUAUUUACUAAAGAUGGGUGCAGACAUUAAGGCAAGAGAUAGUGCUUACCGUACUGCUUUCCUUUGCGCCGUAAAACGAGGAAGGACGCGAACUGCAGAACUACUGCUGGAGUCUGGGGCUGACAUGAAGUCGCGUGAUGAUUCUCUCCGGACCUGCAUACACCUCGCUGUGCAGUACGAGCGAGAGGAUACUUUACGCAUGCUUCGUAACCGAGAUCAGGAUGAAUUGAUCAAUGAGAAGGACAAGGACUUGGAAACUCCGUUACAUUAUGCAGCAAAAAUAGGAUCAAACAAAGUAAGGCCUGAUGAGAUGAACUUUAAAAGGUCAAAUGAGGAUCCCAGCGAGGUGAUCUUUUCCUCGAAAGUCAGCAUUAACCUUUCGUGCCUGAAGUUAUUUACAACUUUCUAGCGUUACUUUGAAAUCACUGAGGACUACGUCUUGAAGUUUCCCCGUGUUUCGUAUCCAAGAUAAUGAAUCCUUUCAAUUGCUUAUUUUCAAUUGUUUCCUGCCUUGAACUAUUCUCAAUUCUUUUUUAAAUUUUAAUUAUAGAUUCUUCAGCUUCUUCUCGUGCAGAAAUGCGCAGUGACUCGCAAUGUAUUUGAGAGGUCUCCUCUACAUGAAGCCGCUGAAAAGGGUCACGUGAGCUGCGUAGAGGUGCUUUGCUCAACUUAUCCCGGCCAUAUCAACGAUAAAGACGAACGCGGGCUCACGGCCCUUCAUCUAGCCGCGCGAGAACGAUGCAGGUAUACCGGCACUAUACAAUGAAUUCUUAAACUGUGGAGAGAAUGUAAGAAACCAUGUAAUGGCAGUUGUAGAGACGGCUUCGAACAAACAACCGGGUUAAUAAUUAAGCAAAGGAAUCGGUUUGGGACAUUUCUUGGCAUUUCUCUACCACACUACCCUAGGCAAAACUCAGCUACCACGUACAAAUGUUUAAAUCUAAGAAUUUACGAAGACAUGUUAGUUACCCUGGUCCCAGCUGAGGCAGGGUAAGAAAUAUCUGCUUUAUUUCUAGUUGCGCCUAAAGAGUCAGGAGUCUCCAGUUGAAAACCCGAACUUAUUUAAAGCGGUUAUGUCACUAGGAUAUUGCUGUAUUACACCAUACUUAAAAUUCUCCGUUAGAGAAAUGAAAAAGACGUCAAACAAAUUUCAUCACAGAGCACUAAUAAGAUAACAUUUGUCUGGUGAUUUUUGUAAGCAUAGCAUUAAACUUGAAAAAGUUGGCCCGAUUUCUUCAAAUUUCAAUCCAUGUCCAUCUUUGCCAUCCGAAGCAACAGACGAAAGAAAAGAGUUUCAAUAAAUACAGUCUUAAAUAACAAACCUGAACCAUCAUUUUUGAAAUUUAGCUGAUGCGACGAUACAUUUUAACUUUUCAAAAAGAUAACAAAUAGCGUGAUAUAGCCUCUUUAAAUCAUACGAUUCAUUCUCUGAAAACGUUUUGUCGUGAUCUUCUUGUUUUUCCUGUUUAACAGAGAAACAUGUUCUGUACUUUUGCACAUGGGUGCGCACAUCAUGAUUCGAGAUAUCAACCGCUGGACACCACUUCACCAUUCCGCGUUUGGAGGAUGCGCCUUAAGCACUCGAGCAUUGCUUGAUCAUCAUUCGACUCAGCCAAUGAAAGCAAAAGAUGAAGACGGCAACACACCCUUACAUAUUGCCGCUGAGUGUGGUCACGUGAACAUUGUAAAGAUGAUGCUGUCUCGUGGUGCUGAUAUCAGUGUGGUUAAUAAAGAGAAGAAGACCUGUUUGGAUGUAGCAAUUGAAAGCGGCAAGGAGAAAGUUGCGGAGGUUUUCAUAGGAAACCAAAAGUAAGUCAAAUAGACGCCAACCCUCACAGCUUUAAUUCUAUGCUGUUUAUUGUUGGAUUGCUACUAUGGAUCUUUUCUUAAAACUACUGCAGUAAAGCAGGUGCACAUAUCGUCGUAAUUCUGCUUAUUAUUUUUAUUUUGUAAUACAGUUUUCACAGAAUGCCUGUUUUGUUUUAACCUCGCUUCCAUGUUCUUUGGUCUCCCAGUCCAAGAGGGAGCGUAGGAAGAAAGAUUGCAUCCGGCAUACCCAGAUUGCAUUGCUCUCUCUUCUUUUAAGGAAUUAGUUUGCUUUAUUUGUGUAACAAGCCACACAAAUACUUGUUAGCGACUGAACUAGCUCUUUUUUUUUUUUUUUUUUUUUUUUUUGACGCCAUCUCUGGUUUCCAAGCGAGGUAACGUCUGAGGUGACGAACGCAGAAAUUCCAUAGUGAUGACGUUCCACAUCUUGAUAGUACUCUUAAAGGAGUUGUGUCACGAAAUUCAGCCAAAUUAGGAAAUUGCAAAAUACUCGUUAAAUUAAGAGAAACAUAAAAAUAACCGCGUAAAACUUUAAAGGAAGGUUAAAAUAACUUAACAGAAUUAACAGAUGCCACGGAUGGGCAAAACUGAAAAAGACUGAAACGGAUUGAAAAUAGAGUUUUUGAAAACUGUUCAGCCUGUCUCGGAUCUCUGAUUUUGCCAUUUACCUGUAAUUUCUUUGCUUACUUUAAGUUCCAUAGCGAUUGAGGGCGAGUAAUUGGCAAAAUUAAACAACAAGACCUGGACUGCCAUGACACAGCCCCUUUAAUUGAUCGUACCGCAGGGGAAAUUUGCUUCGACCAUUAAGAGAUACUGGACCCAGAUCUUGAUAGUCACGUGAUCAUAUUUCGGAGGCCUGAACAAGUGGUGGAGUCGCGAAAUGUCGGCUGUUUUCUAAGGCUUUUCAACUAACAAAAACUUUUCUUCUCCGUAUCUAGUUGGAAGGACAUCCUUAAAUGCAAAGGCAACAGUGAACCAAAUCCCAUGGCACAACUCAUAAGGAAAAUGCCUAAACUUGCUGAGGAAGUCAUGAAUAAAUGCAUUACCUACUCUGAUCUGCCGCAAAGCGACCCUGAAUACUCCGUGACCUUUGAUUUCAGUCUCCUGACUAGCGAUGAGGCCAGUGAGAAUCAGGCAAGCAGAGGAAAAUUCUUCUUUGGCCCUGCUACAAUGGUUGAAGCUGAACGCGAAGACCUGCUUGUUCACCCUUUAUGCCAGGCUCUUCUCCAGUGGAAGUGGGUUAUCCUGGGAAAGCCAGUGUUCUGGUGUAACUUUCUCACCUACUUGGUCUUUGUUUGCCUCUUCACUGUUUUCACCUUGACUGAAAGAGCAAAACAGCACGUGUUUGAUUCCUCUUCCAGCAAUGCCACUAAAGAAGAUAGCAAGAUCUUCGAGAAUAGAAACGCGUUUUCCACUGGGGUCCCUGUGCUGAUUGCAUUGUUCAUUUGCAUGCAUAUCGCGAAAGAAAUUUACCAAAUAACAGUGCAACAUUGGAGGUAUUUCACUCAUUUCACGAAUCUCACUGAAUGGUGCUGCUACAUCACAGCUCUUUGUUACGUUGCGCCUUUUUUAGUUGGGCGGAACAUCUAUGACUGGUCGCUCUGGCCACUUGCAACAGUAGUGAUCCUUUUGUCGUACAUCAGUCUUACUUUGUUCCUGAGAAGAUUUUCAUAUUUCGGUAUUUACAUCUCGAUGUUUAUUGAAGUAGCCAAAACAUUUCUUCGAGUCAUAUUUAUAUUCACGCCAAUGAUCCUUUCGUUCUCGCUGGCUUUUUUCCUUCUUCUCAAAGAACAGGUAUGUUGCAUAAUAUAAUCAACAAUUAUUGAAUGGGCCUGAGUAUGAUGUUAGGAAUUAUGCAGAAUGAGGAGUACAUUAACGGUCGAGGUGGAUAAACGAACAGCCUCUGAGAUCUGCAUAAUUCUUCACAUCAUACGAAAGCCGAAUUCAAUAAUUGUCCUUUAUUGUUCAUAUUCAAAAUAUUUCCUGGUUCUUAACAAAAACGUACCUACUCGUAGACUUUCUUAAAAGGUUGGCCUAUCUCUCGGCAUCGAGUAAUAUAUAUUUUGCAUAUUUUUGCAUUUCUUCCUUUCAGGUGCGUGCGUUGCUUACGAUUUUCUUUGUUAUCAAACAAACUUACAAACGUUAUCCAUUUUUUUCUAAGGGUCCUUUCAACACUGUUUUGUGGUCUUUCGUGAAGACAGCUAUAAUGAUGGUCGGCGAGAUUGAUUAUACUGAUAUUAUAGUUGAAGCCAAGGACCAGUUCAGUGACGAAUCUGGAGCACCACUUGCCCCUAUCCCAGAGUUCUCUGCGACCCUCGUGUUGUUGUUCUGUAUAAUGGUCUCCGUCCUUCUUAUGAAUCUGUUAGUGAGUGAACAAACUUGUUUUGCUAAAUCUAAUUUUUACCUUUCUAAGCCGAAUACUUAGUGGAAACAACCGUGUCCUCUUGUUUGUACAACUGAAGCUAGAAGAGUCUGCAUUUCUACACUAGGAGAGUACAAAGAGGGCUAUUCUCGUAAGAGACUGUGUCAUAAAGAAGUGAACAAUUUUAAGGCGCAAGAACCGCAAGGGAAUAUUUGUUUUUCAUCCGAAGCCCCAUCUUACUGGAAGAUUUUUAAACACAAAAGGCACGAUACAAUAAUAAGGCACUGCUCCCCCCCCCCGCUUUUCCCGCCUUUCACAGCAAAAUUAAAAUGGUGGCCCAAAGGAAAAAGUGAUUGCAAAUUUUUCCGCAUAUUCCUCUCUAGCCUGCGUAGCAGGCGUUUCCGCGCGAGUUCGUCGAGAAAGUUAGCCGACUAGAGCAAAAAAAGAGAAAUUUUUGCUCUCGCUCAAACUUUCACGUAAUAGCUCGAUCGGAAACGCUUGCUAGGCAGGCUAAUUCAGCUCGGAAUCUUGCAUUUUCAAAUCAUCUUUUUUCAUUCUUAUAUACACAAGCGUGUCAAAAUUUUUACCCGAUCCAAAAAAAGAAACGUCCCAAAGCAGUCUCGUUCCCAGGGCUUUUCUAAGAGAAAACGCCCUCAUGUAACGAGGUUGGUCCCAAACACAGCACAGUACCACUGAAGUUCACAAAUUUAAGGUUUUUGUUGUUUCCAAACUCUUCUCUUUUUAAACAGACCAGGAAAAUUGAAAAAUGGUGCUUUUCGCCAUAUAGCAUGCUAUUUUGUUUCCUUUUCUCUCAGUGCGAUGUUAAGUCAGAUGACUAUUGCUAUUUUAAUUUAGGUGGGUUUGGCGGUCGGUGAUAUUGACAGUAUCCAGCGUGAUGCAAAUAUGACGCGUCUGGCCAUGCAAGUUGAGUUUGUGACCGACAUUGAUCAACGAUUUCCUCACUUCCUGAAAAAAUAUUUCCUUAAGUCAGUGCUGGUCAUGAAGCCCAAUCGAAGGAAGAAACUUCAGUAGUGAGUAUUUUUAACAUUUUAACAUAUGCCUCACGCAGCCGCAAACGAGUUUGGUUGCUCUUUCGAGACAGAUACAUAGUCCCUUGUUUAUCGUGUGAUCUCCAAAUUCUAGAAACCUCGGAUGAGUAUAGUUACUUACUAGUUACUUGCAGUUGGAACCUCUAGUAAACGACCACCUCCUGCAAGCGACCGCGACCACUUUUUGGGCCUGAAGGCUUAAUGAUUUUCUAUUGUUUUUAACAUCUCUUAAGCGACCACUUGACGCAUUCUCUGAUCUCUAUAUGUUCUCUUUGUGCACUGUGCUACUUAGAAUACCGUAAAAUUCCGAAAAUAAGCCCUGGAGUAUAUUUUUUAAAGGCCCUUUAUGAGGGGCUUAUUUUUGGAGCGGCCUAUAUUCGGAGGGGCUUAUCUACGGAGGGAAAUUUGCGUUUCAAAAUCGAUUAGGCUAGCCUUAUAGUUAGAAGUAAAUUUACCGGUUUUGCUUUGUUUUACUUUGUAUUUGAGGGUAAUUUUCCAAGUACUAGCCCCGAGGGGGGGAGGGGGGGGGGAGGGGGCUUAUACAUGGAGGGGAUUACUUUCGGAAUUUUACGGUAUACGAAGAACUUUAGUAACAAAAUGGAACUACACAUGGCGUAACUUAGAAAUUGCAGGCAAUAAAUUAUCUUCCAUAAAGUAAAUGAGACCGAACCUUUUCUUGUUAGAGGCUCCCUGUGGCUCGACUCUUGUAAACGACCACCUCCCGUAAGCGACCACUAAGUCUUUAGAUUUUGGGUGGUCGCUUACGGGUGGUUCGCCUGUAUACUCUCUUCCCAGUUUUGGCUUAUUAUAACUAGAUAUCAAACCGGCCUCUCGAACUCUGCGAUAAACCACUGACCACUGAAGGAGAUGUUCGAUUCUUGAAAAAAGACUUGACUGAAUGACAGAUAAUGUUAAAAUUAGAUUGUCAGUUUGCCCGGAUAUCUGCAAAGUCGAAUGUGGCUAGUUCCGGCCGGAUCCCCGACUGGACCAAUACUCAUAUUUGUUAAAUCAUGACUGGUAGAAAGGUUCUGUGGUCUGCCUCUGCUGAGCAGCUGACUAAACGACAAAAACUUCACCAAGUUUACGAGCGAUCUGUUGAUCUCCAGUUGGCGAUGUAAAUCGUUAAGAUAGACGUGUUCACGAUUGACUAGAUUAACGGUGGAUUUCCACUGUAUUGUAAUUUUUACGUACGUACAUGCGUAAAAUUUACGUUCGCAAAUUAAUAGAGGCAAUGCAUGAAAGAUCGCGAGUGAAAGUAAUGAGUAAUGGUUGAACCUCGCUAAACUUCACGGUUAAGCGCAAUACUUCAUACCUUGUCUCUAUGUUAUUCACGCGAGUAAAAUUUACGUACGCACGUAAAAAUUAAGCGACAGUGGAAAACCACCCUAAAGCGUCUUCCUCUAUGCAUUGACUCUGUCAACAGAUAUUUCAGAUCAAAUGAAAUCACAAAUCACUGGUUUAUUGCAUCCUUUGCAGUCAGGUGACGGAAUUGUAGGUUCAGUUCAACCAUAUACUAAUAUAUACAGACAAAUAACUUCUUAACAAUAUAUUACGGUAACAAAGUUUGUAUCCUGCAAAACGGGCGCUAUUUUUUUGCGUUUUUCUGGCCUGCAAGAACAUGCGUUAUUUGUUCGCGCCUUUCCCCGUCGUGCGUGCUUCGCGCCCCUCGUCCGCUUCGUGCUCGCGUGAAAAAUGCGGGAAAAUAGCGCCAGUUCCGAGGCUACAACUUUUGGAACACGAUUUGAUAAUUCAUCCAUUUUUAAUCUUUAUCCUCAAAUGUCCGACGAUUAAAACUACUUGUACUUUUUUUACACACAGCUUGUUUGGGAUGGAUAGUAAUCUGUUUCGAAAACCAGACAGUUUUGUGGAGGAAAACAACGUUGAUGACGCCAAAGAAGGUGAAAGCGAGGACAGCGAAGUGAUAGCACAGGUUGCUAGGCAGCGUGAUCAGAUAAGGCUUCUUCAGAAUGCUGUUGAAGAUCAAUCCAGAAUCCUCCGAGAAAUCUCGCACCAGUUAAAAAAAGCUGAGGCAGAGUGA